AAUUUAAAAACAAAUGAAUAUAAUCCAGCAUUUAUUCACUAAAUUUGCUGACAUUUUAUUAUAAUCAAGAUCAUACCCUUAUCUUUAAUGCUAAUCUAUGAUGUAAAAUUAAACAAAAGAAAUAGGAAUCAUUUGGAAUAGAGAAGUAAAUAAAAAUGUUUAGUAGCUACUCUAAAAUAAUUGGAGGAAUGCUUAAUCUAAUGAAAUGAUUGUUUAGUUCUUUCUUGAAUAAGAUGGAAACUCUUUUUUGGUUGAAGAAUGGUGUCUUAUUUAAUAAUAGAGUAUCAUCCUUAAUAUGUUAACAGGCAAAAAGAAUAUAACUUUAAUUAAGUAAUUAACUAUUUGGUUGCGAUCAGCAAUAGCUAUGAUGACUAUGACGACAAUUUUUUAAGAGGAAUUUAUAACAAAAUAAUAUAAAAUUUCACAUAGUUUUUUGUUUUAUAAUAGAAAUACUAAAAAAAGAAGUGAUUGGAUAGAUGACUCUAAAUUAUAAAUAAAAAAGAUUUCAACUAAAUUCUUAAAUUAGCUUCCCUUUUAAUUAACAAUAGCCUAGUAAGGAUAAUUGUAGAUUGUUUUAUCAUAUUAAAAAUAAAAGAUAAAAGAAUCUCCUAUGUUUAAAAGAUCUCGUUAUUUAUCAGAAUAAAUUUGGACUAGAGAUUAAUAACCUUGUGAAAAAAAAAUGACUAUGGAUAAUGAAUAUUAAGAUUAAAUAAGACUAGAUAAUCCUCCAAGAUUAUCUUUAAAUACUCUCAAUCGAUCAUUUGUUUCAAUAUACUCAAAAAAAGAGGAAGUAGAAUUAUUAUUUACACCUGAAGAAGCAGCAUUAAAAUUUAAAGAUAAGGUAUUUUUAGAAGGAGACUAUGAAAUUAAUGUUAUGAAUGAAGAUGAUCAUACCCAAAAUGAAUUAUUUAUUUCUUAGAUUAUGUUGUCUAAAAAACUAUCAAAUGAAGAAAAAAAUAAUCAAUCCAUUUAGUUGAAUAGUUUGAAGAAAAUACAUUAAGAUUCAAAAAAUCGUAGGAUUAAAUCUAUAUAAAUUGUAAAAUUAUUAAGUUUUUACAGAUAAAUAUGAUGAAAUAGAAUAGGAAUUACUU